CGCUCGCGUGCUACACAUCCGGGCUUUUGCUACUAGUGAGGGGAAGAUGGCGGCCGCAACUGUGGUGGUUCCCGCAGAGUGGAUAAAGAACUGGGAGAAAUCAGGGAGAGGCGAAUUUUUGCAUUUAUGCCGAAUCCUCAGUGAAAAUAAAAGCCAUGAUAGUUCAACAUAUAGAGAUUUCCAGCAAGCCCUCUAUGAGUUAUCAUAUCAUGUCAUUAAGGGAAAUCUAAAGCAUGAACAGGCAUCUAAUGUUCUUAAUGACGUUAGUGAAUUUCGUGAGGAUAUGCCCUCCAUUCUUGCCGACGUAUUCUGCAUAUUAGAUAUUGAGACAAAUUGUUUAGAAGAAAAAAACAAAAGAGACUAUUUUACUCAGUUGGUAUUAGCAUGUUUGUAUUUAGUUUCAGACACAGUUCUAAAGGAACGUCUGGAUCCAGAAACACUGGAAUCAUUGGGGCUUAUCAAACAAUCACAGCAAUUCAAUCAAAAGUCAGUUAAAAUCAAGACAAAACUCUUUUAUAAACAGCAAAAAUUCAAUUUGUUAAGAGAAGAGAAUGAAGGUUAUGCCAAGCUGAUUGCUGAAUUGGGGCAAGAUUUAUCUGGAAAUAUUACUAGUGAUUUAAUCUUAGAAAAUAUCAAAUCUUUAAUAGGAUGCUUUAAUCUGGAUCCCAAUAGAGUUUUGGAUGUCAUUUUAGAAGUGUUUGAAUGCAGGCCAGAACACGAUGACUUCUUUAUAUCUUUAUUAGAAUCUUACAUGAGUAUGUGUGAACCGCAAACACUGUGUCAUAUUCUUGGGUUCAAAUUCAAGUUUUACCAGGAACCAAAUGGAGAGACUCCAUCAUCUUUAUACAGAGUUGCAGCAGUACUUCUCCAGUUUAAUCUUAUUGAUUUAGAUGAUCUUUAUGUACAUCUUCUUCCAGCUGAUAAUUGCAUUAUGGAUGAACAUAAACGAGAAAUAGUGGAAGCUAAGCAAAUUGUUAGAAAACUUACAAUGGUUGUGUUGUCUUCCGAAAAAAUUGAUGAGCGAGAAAAAGAAAAGGAAAAAGAAGAGGAGAAAGUAGAGAAGCCACCUGACAACCAAAAACUUGGUUUGUUGGAAGCCUUGUUAAAGAUCGGUGAUUGGCAGCAUGCACAGAACAUUAUGGAUCAGAUGCCUCCAUUCUAUGCAGCUUCACAUAAGCUAAUAGCCCUUGCUAUUUGCAAACUCAUUCACAUAACUAUUGAGCCUCUCUACCGAAGAGUUGGAGUUCCUAAAGGUGCUAAAGGCUCACCUGUUACUGCUUUGCAAAACAAGAGAGCACCAAAACAAGCAGAGAACUUUGAAGAUUUGAGAAGGGACGUAUUCCAUAUGUUCUGUUAUCUUGGUCCUCACCUUUCUCACGAUCCCAUUUUAUUUGCAAAAGUGGUUCGCAUAGGCAAGUCAUUUAUGAAGGAGUUUCAGUCUGAUGGAAGCAAACAAGAAGAUAGAGAGAAAACGGAAGUUAUCCUUAGCUGUUUGCUUAGCAUUACUGACCAGGUACUACUUCCAUCUCUUUCUUUGAUGGACUGCAAUGCUUGUAUGUCUGAGGAACUAUGGGGAAUGUUUAAAACAUUUCCAUAUCAGCAUAGAUAUCGUCUGUAUGGCCAGUGGAAGAAUGAAACUUAUAACAGUCACCCACUUUUAGUAAAAGUUAAAGCUCAAACAAUAGACAGAGCCAAAUAUAUCAUGAAGCGUCUAACCAAGGAAAAUGUGAAACCUUCCGGAAGACAAAUUGGGAAGUUGAGCCACAGCAAUCCAACCAUUUUGUUUGAUUAUAUCUUGUCACAAAUACAGAAGUAUGAUAACUUAAUAACACCUGUAGUAGAUUCAUUGAAAUACCUCACUUCAUUAAAUUAUGAUGUCUUGGCCUAUUGUAUCAUUGAAGCUUUAGCUAAUCCAGAAAAGGAGAGAAUGAAACAUGAUGACACAACCAUCUCAAGCUGGCUUCAGAGUCUGGCUAGUUUCUGCGGUGCAGUUUUUCGUAAAUACCCAAUUGAUCUUGCUGGUCUUCUUCAAUAUGUCGCCAAUCAGCUAAAGGCAGGCAAAAGUUUUGACCUGCUAAUAUUGAAAGAAGUGGUACAAAAAAUGGCAGGAAUAGAAAUUACAGAAGAAAUGACAAUGGAGCAACUAGAGGCUAUGACUGGUGGAGAACAACUUAAAGCUGAGGGUGGCUAUUUUGGCCAGAUCCGAAACACUAAAAAAUCCUCUCAGAGGCUGAAGGACGCACUAUUGGACCAUGAUCUUGCGCUUCCUCUGUGUUUGCUUAUGGCUCAACAGCGGAAUGGUGUAAUCUUUCAGGAAGGUGGAGAGAAACAUUUGAAACUUGUGGGAAAGCUCUAUGAUCAGUGUCAUGAUACCCUGGUACAGUUUGGUGGGUUUUUGGCAUCUAACCUAAGCACAGAAGAUUACAUAAAACGAGUACCUUCAAUUGAUGUGCUCUGUAAUGAAUUUCACACACCUCAUGAUGCAGCAUUUUUCCUGUCUAGGCCAAUGUAUGCACAUCACAUUUCAUCAAAAUAUGAUGAACUUAAAAAAUCAGAAAAGGGAAGUAAACAGCAACAUAAAGUUCAUAAGUACAUCACAUCAUGUGAGAUGGUGAUGGCUCCUGUUCAUGAAGCAGUGGUCUCCUUGCACAUUUCCAAAGUCUGGGAUGACAUCAGCCCUCAAUUCUAUGCUACAUUCUGGUCGUUGACAAUGUAUGACCUUGCAGUUCCACAAACCAGCUAUGAAAGAGAAGUCAAUAAACUUAAAAUCCAGAUGAAAGCAAUUGAUGACAAUCAGGAAAUGCCUCCAAAUAAAAAGAAAAAAGAGAAGGAGCGCUGUACUGCCCUUCAGGACAAGCUUCUUGAAGAAGAAAAGAAACAGAUGGAACAUGUACAGAGAGUUCUACAAAGACUGAAACUGGAAAAGGACAACUGGCUUUUAGCAAAAUCUACCAAAAAUGAGACCAUCACAAAAUUUCUACAGCUGUGUAUAUUUCCUCGAUGUAUUUUUUCAGCAAUUGAUGCUGUUUACUGUGCUCGUUUUGUUGAAUUGGUACAUCAACAGAAAACUCCAAAUUUUUCCACACUUCUUUGCUAUGAUCGAGUUUUCUCUGACAUAAUUUACACAGUUGCAAGCUGUACUGAAAAUGAAGCUAGUCGAUACGGGAGAUUUCUUUGCUGCAUGUUAGAGACUGUGACCAGGUGGCACAGUGAUAGAGCCACAUAUGAGAAGGAAUGUGGAAACUAUCCAGGAUUCCUUACCAUAUUACGGGCAACUGGAUUUGAUGGUGGAAAUAAAGCUGAUCAAUUAGACUAUGAAAAUUUUCGACAUGUUGUACAUAAAUGGCAUUACAAACUAACCAAGGCAUCAGUACAUUGCCUUGAAACAGGCGAAUAUACUCACAUCAGGAAUAUCUUGAUUGUGCUAACAAAAAUACUUCCUUGGUACCCAAAAGUUUUGAAUCUGGGUCAGGCUUUGGAAAGAAGAGUGCAUAAAAUCUACCAAGAAGAAAAAGAGAAGAGGCCUGAUCUAUAUGCAUUGGCUAUGGGCUACUCUGGGCAGUUGAAAAGUAGAAAGUCAUACAUGAUACCUGAAAAUGAGUUUCAUCACAAAGACCCCCCUCCGAGGAAUGCAGUUGCCAGUGUACAAAAUGGGCCUGGUGGUGGGCCUUCUUCAUCAUCGAUAGGAAGUAUAUCUAAAUCGGACGAAAGCAGUACUGAGGAGACUGAUAAAUCAAGGGAGAGAUCUCAGUGUGGUGUGAAAGCUGUUAAUAAAGCUUCUAAUGCCACACCGAAAGGGAAUUCAAGCAAUGGAAAUAGUGGCUCUACCAGCAGCAACAAAACUGUUAAAGAAAAUGACAAAGAAAAAGCAAAAGAGAAAGAAAAAGAGAAAAAAGAAAAGACUCCAGCUACUACUCCAGAGGCCAGGGUACUUGGUAAAGAUGGUAAAGAAAAACCAAAGGAAGAGCGGGCAAAUAAAGAUGAAAAAGCAAGAGAGACCAAGGAAAGAACACCAAAAUCUGACAAAGAGAAGGAAAAAUUCAAGAAGGAAGAAAAAGCUAAAGAUGAAAAAUUCAAGACCGUUGUCCCCAUCGUAGAGUCAAAAUCAACUCAAGAAAAGGAAAGGGAGAAGGAGCCAUCCAGAGAAAGAGAUAUAGCAAAGGAAAUGAAAUCUAAGGAAAAUGUUAAAGGAGGAGAAAAAACAGCAGUUCCUGGGUCCUUGAAGUCACCUGUUCCCCGAUCAGAUAUUGCAGAGCCUGAAAGGGAACAAAAACGCCGCAAAAUUGAUUCUCACCCUUCUCCAUCACAUUCCUCAACAGUAAAGCUGGUUUAUUUCCAGGUUACAGCCACACUUCCCAAAGUUCCUCUGGGUUCUGAGAACUAUGCCAGCUCACCUGUCAUCUCCAUUCAUUUUCUACAGGACAGUCUCAUCGAACUCAAGGAGUCUUCAGCAAAGCUCUACAUUAAUCAUACUCCUCCACCACUGUCCAAGAGUAAGGAGAGAGAAAUGGACAAGAAAGAUUUGGACAAGUCAAGGGAAAGAUCCAGAGAGAGAGAAAAAAAAGAUGAAAAGGACAGGAAAGAGCGGAAAAGGGAUCAUUCAAACAAUGACCGUGAAGUGCCACCGGACUUAACCAAGAGGCGUAAAGAGGAAAAUGGAACAAUGGGAGUUUCAAAACACAAAAGUGAAAGUCCAUGUGAGUCUCCUUACCCAAAUGAGAAAGACAAGGAAAAAAAUAAGUCAAAAUCUUCAGGCAAAGAAAAAGGCAGCGAUUCAUUUAAAUCUGAAAAGAUGGAUAAAAUCUCCUCCGGUGGCAAAAAGGAAUCCAGGCAUGAUAAAGAAAAGAUAGAAAAGAAAGAAAAACGGGACAGUUCAGGAGGAAAGGAAGAGAAGAAACAUCAUAAGUCUUCAGACAAGCACAGAUAAUGAAGACUUUCCAUCAAGGCAUAGCCAUACUGAUACCAUGAUGCUCUUUACUGGAACAUUCACCUUUAUUUUUCCAAUUUUAUUACUGAGAUGAACUUCACAUAACAAAAUUCACCAUUUAAAAAGUGUAUAUAAAGAGACCUUGUACCCAUUAGCAAUCACUCCCAACUCUCCUCUCUGCCCCUGGAAACCACUAUGAAUUCUUUAUGAAUUUGGUCUAUUUUGGACAUUUCAUAUAAAUGGAAUAAUGCAAUAUGUGGCCUUUUGUUUCUGGUUUCUUUCACCUAGCAUCAUGUUUUCAAGGCUCAUCCAUGUCGUAGCAUGUAUCAGUACUUCAUUCCUUUUUAUGAUUGAAUAAUAUGCCAUUGAAUGAAUGUGUAACAUAUUUUGUUUAUUCAUCAGUCGAUGGACAGAAAUGAUGAUUUUUAAGUAUUAAAAUUGUAAGUUCAGCAUUAGUGUAUCCACAGUUACAAUUGGUAAUGUCAAGAUUGUUCACGGUGUGAAUAGAACGCUUGUGUAGAAACAAUAUGUAAAUUAUUUGUCAGCAUUUUAUGAAAGUGUGAUGAUUUUCUAAGGCCCCUUCUUGCUCUGAUUUUAUCAAAUAUAUGAAUGUAGUAUUUUCAUCAAUAAAGGUUAAUGCGUUAAGCAUUAGUUUAAAAUUUGAAUGAGAACAAUGUUAGGCAGAUAUGAAAUUAUUUGCCACAUGUUGUAAUGAUCAUGUUUUGAAUUUAUUUCAAUAUGCAGUAUUUGAAAAAUGUCAAUACAUAAAGGAAAGAAAAUGAGUAUAAUUGAGUCAAUAUAUUUUUAAAGCAAUUUUUGUAAUUUAGCAGACAUUGCAUCUUAAUAUAAGUUACUAUUAAAAUUGUGUCCUUGUAAAAAAUGUGAUGGCAUCUCUCUCUCUCUUUCUCUCUCAUUUCUUUUCUUUGGCUGUUGGUCAUAUGAAAUAGCUUCCUUUUCAUUGCUCCAUGUUCUGUUUACUUUUGACAAGCUACUGCUUACCCCUGUGGAAUGUUUUAUUUCUGGCUUUUUCUUUUUCUUUCCUCACCCCAUUCUCCCCUCCCUCUCACAUGAACAAAAUACUAAGUGUUCUUUUUAAGUCAUCAUGAUGUCCCUGUCUUUAAUGGUUUCUAAGACUGGACAGUAAGAAAUACGCAAAUAUUUUAUCCCUUUCUGGGGACUUAAUUCAGGCAUUUGUUAUUGAUGGAACUCACUGACUUUUCUUUCUUAAACCAGUCAAUCCUCUCUUCUUUCUUUCUCCUUCCUUCCUCCCUUUUCUUCCCUCCUUCACUACUUCCUUCCUCCCUCCUCCCAUCCUUUCCCCUCCCUCCUUUUCUGCCUGCCUUCCUUCCUGUCUAUCAAUAUAAUCACUUUGUUUCUUUCAGGUGAGAUUGGAAUGAAAUUGUUCAACUGUGACCAGAAAUUUAUUUUCCUGAGUAGAUUGCCGAGCAAUUAUGAAUGAAGAGGGCCCAUUUUCAUCUCCUUAAAUUAUUCAGUUAUCUGCUUUAUUGCUCCGUGCUGAAAACUUAAAUUAUUGAGUCGUGCAUUACUGUAUUUUAACUUGUUGCUUCGUAUCUACAUGUUUAUUUUCAGUAAAUGGCUGAAAGUGUUAACUGUUCAAUAUUUUUAGCACAAUGUGCUGCCUACAGUUCCCAACAAGCAAAUAAGGUUACAUAUGUACAGAAUUUCACUUAAGGUUAACUAAAUAUUGCCUGGUUUGGUUUUUUUUUUUUUUUUAAUCUGAAAUGCUUUCUUUUUAUUGGUUGAGACUGAAAAUAAACAAUUAUGGAACCAUUUUGAAUUUACCUCAUUUUAAAACUCACUUUUAAUUUAUUAUUUGGCCUCUUUUUUAAUAUUAGUCACUAAAAACAAAGUGGGAGCAGUGUCUUAUGCAAUGCUUAGGAAUCCUUUUAUAUAGUACGUGGACAAUAUUAAAACCUGUAAAAAAGAAAAAAAAGUACCAGCGCUCAUUUGUCCCUUGCCAUGUUUUUUCUUGUAAUUAUGUGAGACAAAUCGGGGUCGGGGGGAAUCAGAAGUUACUUGUGUUUUAAUUCUACAGCUACAGGAGCUUUGUAUUGCUGAACUUUCGUCUGGAAAAGUUUCACAGUGACAUUUUUAAAAGAGAAUUUUUUUAUCUACUGAAUUAUGCCAGUGUAACCUUUUUUCUAAAUAAACGAUAGUUUUCUCAAUUGAUUGUACAUCGUUGUGUAUGUUGUUGCUUAUUCAGAAUACCUCAGCAAAGAUAACUCAUAAGGAUUCUUAGUACAUGGGCUACAGUGUUUUAAAAUAACAUGUCCAGUAAUAUUAAAAAAUUCUCUUUGAUCACCUCUGCGGUGGGGUAAACAGUGUGCUGAAAUCAUGCCUAGAAUUAUCCAUUUAGUUUUUCAUUCCUUGGAACCAAUGAUACCUUGCCUAUUAAAAAUUGCAGAGAAUGAUAAAAAGGAUGUAAUUUGCUGAGAAAUGCUGAGCAUAUUUUAGAAUUGGCAAAGGGAUAUGUAUAUAUAUGUAUCUCAGUACUGCUUUUCAGGUAGUUAAUAAUUUGCAAAAAUUGGUUGAGCAGAAUAUUUAUGAGAGAGCGAUCCAUUCAGUCACUAUUGAACAGCCAUAAUUUGCUGGCAUAAAAAUAAAUACUUCGUUAGAGUGAUUUCGGUGUUAAGAAAAUAUGGUUCACCUCAAAUUCAUCUGAAACAUCAGGGAAGAGCUUUCCAGGUAUUGCAUUGCUUUCACUUUUUCAUUUUAAAGGUCACAUGAUUGUGCAUUUGAACUAGAAAUUUUACUAUUUAACAUCAGUAUCUCUUCUCCCUGUCCCCCAAAUGGUUGAACACAGGCAGUCUUUGGUUGUGGCCUUGGUAGAAAUGCAUUGCGAAUGGAAAAUCUAGCAUGUUAAAUCUUUGGAUUUAGCUGUGCAGCAAUAAUGAUUUUGGAAAUAAGAAAUCUGUAUUUGUGUAAGACCGUGCCCCUAAGGUGCUUCCAGUCUAGCUGGGAAAAUAAAAGUCCAGUGAGUGCUGUAGGGGGUCAGCAAACUUUUCUGUAAAGGGCCGGAUUGUGAGUGUUGGAGGCUUUGUAGGCCAUAUGGUCUCUCUUGGAACUACUGAACUCUGCCCUGGUAGCAUGAAAGCAGCCAUAGACAAUAUGUAAAUAAAUGACCCUGACUGAGUUCCAGUAUUUACAAAAACGGGAGUGGGAUUUGGCAUGCAGACUGUAGUUUAUUAAACCUUGCUAUAGAGAGUCCUAACCUUGCUAUAGAGAGUAGAGAGUCCUAGAGAAGAUUCAUUGAAAAAAUAAAGGUAUUUGUGCACCACAGCGCCAGAGGUACAGCCAUGAACAAAACAAAGUCCCUGCUCUCAUGGAGCUUCCGUUCUAGUUAGUGGAGGUUGACGGCAUUUAUGUUAGGUGGUGAGAUGAGCUCUGAGGAAAAAUAGACUAGGAUAAGGAGAAAGGCUGAGACAGGGCUUACUGCUUUAUAUAUAAUCAGGGAAUGAAGAGCAAAGCAGGAUAUUUUGAGGCAGAUGUCACAGUAUGAAUAUUUUAUUACCAAGUAAUAUGAGCAGGAAAUAUUCCUGAUCCACAACUCAUCUUUGAACCUUUUACCUGAAUAUCAUGUAAUAUGCAGAAUUUCUCAGAACUUGGGCUGAGUUCUAGUGGCUGUUCUUCAGGCUUGUCCAUUUUCUAGAAGUUCUUAACUUUGGGCUCAUAAAUGGGCUUGGAGGACACUUAUGGACCCCCAGAAAUUGAAUGCAAGUUUGUGAUAUGUGUAUUCUUCUGGGUCUUUAGCUUUCACUUGGUUAUCAAAAAGGUAGGAGCACAAUUAAUAUAGCUCAGUAGAUCUUGAGGUAACAACUUUUUCUGGGUUUUGUUCCAAAGCAAUCAAAACCUAUAU